AUGCCUGGGGAAAUCACAAUGAAAGAAAGGUGUAAACCUUGCAAGGAAUUUGAGGUGCAUUUCUAUUGGAAUCAUUUCAAGCUGGAAGGAAUGAGUUUUAUUAAGGUUAUGGAUUUCAGUUUCUCUCAAGGAAUGGGAAGUUUGAGAAGUCCAAAUGGUAAUUUAUGGAGUGUGAAAUUGGAGAAAGUUUCAGGGAGUUUGAUGGUGAAGGAUGGUUGGAAGGAAUUUGUUGAUGAACACUAUGUAGAAGAAAAUGAUGUUCUUGUUUUCAAAUAUGAUGGAAAUUCAUGUUUUGAUGUAUUGAUAUUUGAUCAAAGUGGAUGCGAGAAGGAGGCUUCGUAUUUUGUGAGACGAUCGAAUCCACUCGAAGAGCAUGAAAUGAAGAAAGAAUUCAAUAAAACAGGCACCCCUGAUGUUCAGAAAAAUGGAACAAAUGGGAAGAGGAGAAACACAGAAUGCGAACCAGGCUCAUCGAAAAUGAAGUAUUAUGUCAAAAUUGUUUCAAAAAGGAGACAAAUAAGCACAGAAGAAGAAGCAAGAGCGUUACAAUUAGCAGAAGCCUAUGAAACAGUCAAUCCUUCUUUUAUAACAAUUAUGCAACCAUCACAUAUCUCUAAGCCAUAUUUCAUGACAGUACCAUGUCAUUUUGCAUCUCUACAUAUGAACCGAAGAAAGCAAACUGUGAUUCUUCGUAUUCAAAAGAAAAAGAAGGAAUGGCAUGUGAAAUUUCAUUGCAACCGAAGCUGGGGGUUUAGAGGGCAACAAUGGCAAUCAUUCGUGUUCGACAACAAUAUGGAAGAAGGGGAUGUAUGUGUUUUUGAGCUAAUCUCUACAAACAGCGAGUUCAUAAAGUUGGAUGUUCAUAUAUUUCGAGUUGUGGCACGAGUAACUUCUCUUUCAAUUCCAAGAUAA